UGUCGGUCUCCAGCCUCUACCGCUCCCUGUCCGGGCUCGUGUAUAUCUUCCUCCUCCUUCCCUGGACUUCCUCGUGCUAUCCUUACCCUAUCGGCACCCGUGUUUUAUUUGCAUCACCUUUUGUUUAGGAGCGCCAACAGAUCAGAUCAUGAGCCUUUAGUCCAGAACUGUUAUUUUGUUUACUUUUCUAUCAAUCGACAGAGCUCCUCGACUCCUUUCAAUUGCAGCAUUGCAUCUCUUGACAGGUUCAUCUUGUCAAGUAUUUCCUUCCCUCAUUCCUCGGACUACACGUUGCCCCCAUUAGCGACUAUUGUUUUGAUUGUCGCAUCGCCCAAGUCAAGAUGGCUACCAACAGUGGUUAUGGGCAAGUGAUUGAAUAUAUUCAAGAUCGUCUCUACCUCGCCUCCUACGAUAACCCUCCCGAUGCACGAACCCCAUUUCCUUAUCCCCUGGAGCAGCCGAGAUCACCGUCCAAGCGCUCUGCGAGGGCUCAGCCUAGCACUCCUAGCAAGAAGCGCAGUCCCGUCUAUUUCACAGUAGAUGAUGUCUUGUUGUACAACUCAUUCCAUGCCGAUUUCGGCCCUCUACACAUCGGUCACUUGUAUCGGUUCGCGGUCCAGUUCCACGAGAUUCUUGGGGAGCCUGAAAACCGUGAUCGUGCAGUGGUGUUCUACUCUAAGACGGAUGCACGAAGCCGUGCUAAUGCUGCUUGUCUGGUUGCCUGCUACAUGGUCCUGAUCCAGGCCUGGCCCCCGCACCUCGCCCUGGCACCAAUUGCGCAAGCCGAUCCCCCGUACAUGCCAUUCCGUGACGCAGGCUAUAGUCAGGCAGAUUUCAUUCUAAACAUCCAGGAUGUCGUCUAUGGUGUGUGGAAAGCUAAGGAGCAGUCGCUCUGCAGCCUCAGGGACUUUAGUCUGGAAGAAUACGAAAAGUUUGAGCGUGUUGACAUGGGUGAUUUUAACUGGAUCACCCCGCAGUUCCUCGCUUUCGCCUCGCCGCAACAUCAACCGAUUGCGCCAAUCCCUCAAAACACGCCCGAGUUCGCAGCGCUUCCAUCCACCGUCUCUGAAGUCCUUUCUUCAAAGCUACCUCUUCCUUUCAAAAACGUUCUGGCGCACUUUUCAUCCCGUAACAUCGGCCUUGUUGUGAGACUGAACUCCGAGUUGUACUCUCCCUCCUACUUCACGGCUCUGGGCAUCACCCAUGUGGAUAUGAUCUUUGAAGACGGAACCUGCCCUCCCCUGCCACUUGUGCGUCGCUUCAUCAAAAUGGCACACGAAACGAUCUCUAAGAAGAAGGGCAUUGCUGUUCACUGCAAGGCCGGUCUGGGACGGACUGGAUGCUUAAUCGGCGCAUACCUCAUCUACAGAUACGGAUUCACUGCCAACGAGAUCAUUGCUUUCAUGAGAUUCAUGCGACCAGGCAUGGUAGUCGGUCCUCAACAGCACUGGCUACACCUCAACCAGGGCUCUUUCCGCGAGUGGUGGUACGAGGACUCGAUGAAGGAGAAGCUGGCUCAGAUGCAGGCUGCUCCCAUCACCCCUGGACGGCCAUCUACCAGACAGCGGGCCAAUGGACCUGUCGCUACGCCGCCGAACAACGGCCAUUCUAAGCGUGCUGCUCUUGGCGAGAUCGACCACAACGAAGGAGCUGGGGCCCCGGCGGAAGAGUACCUCCCCGCACCCACUCCUGGACAGCCUCGCAAGUCACACAGAAAAGACUCCCGCCAUCACCCCUAUGCCCGUACCACAUCUGGAAGCUUGGUUGUCGACAAGGAUGGCAACAAGAAUUCCGAACAGACCAGCAACAGACACCACCGUCUUAGCAACGACAGCAGCGAGAGUGAAGAGGAGAUUCAAUUGCGUUUGUUGGCGAAGCGUUCCUCCAGAUCCCCUGUCGCAUCUCCCAGUCAGCGGUCCGUUAGUUACUCUGCUACGGUAACUGCUAGCUACACCCUGAAUGACGAUGAUCGAGAGAAUUGGGGCGAUGCUGCCGCGUAUGCAGCACCGAAGACUCCUGUCAGCACCAAGAGUGGCAGUGGAGCGAUCGCAGUAACAAAGGUUCGGACGAGCCCCAGGCGUGCAACAGACACGAGGAGUGAGACGAAGGUUCGGAAGGCUAGCGGCCGCGUUGGCAGUGCUGGAAGUCCCACGCGGGUGAAAUAAACGCCUCACCGGCGCAGGUAUACUUCUUUUCUUCUCCGCGCUCUUGAGCCUUUUCAGAUAUCCUUUUCUUCAUUUCUACUUUUUGCCUAUUGUUGCUGCCGGGGUAUAAUAUGUGCAUAGUCCCGCGUAUUUUCUCUUCUUUGCUACCUGCGCUUUGACUUUACACCUUCUUUUUUUGGCAAUUCUUCGGUGCGGUUGUGGGUGUUGGGUUCUGGUGCAAAAUCCAUGGGUCUGGGUGUGCGUGUUUAUGGCGUCUGGUUACACUGUCGAUGGUCAAAUGAUAUCUAGAAGUUUGUCUGGAAUACACCAAGUCUUUGACUGGCACAUGAUGUUUAUAGUGUGUCGAGUGGCUG